AUGCCGCACCACAAACGCCAGCUCAGCGAUGCUGACCAGCAACGCCCCCAGCCCAGCUUUUCGGCCGCCGCCCUCACUCAGAUCGAUGCGGCUCUUCGUCAGGUUGGCUUCACCUUCGACGAUGGACUUGUGUUUGCCGAUCACGAGCACGCUGCUCUUCGUCUUCUUCACCUUGAUCCUCGCGAGCGCCCAUACGAUGCCUCGGAGAAGAACGUCGCCGUCAGACUUGCCAUGAUCUUUGAGGCCGCCCACAAAGUGGCUUCCGAGAACCCUGGAAUUGAUGCUCGGUCUCCUGAGUUCUGGCAACUGGCUAAGACCACUGCGCUGAAGGUUGACAAGACUUUCGAGGAUGCCCAUGAGUCUGACCUUGCCCUCUGCUACGUCAUCAUCACCAAGUUCCACGCUGCUUUGAACCGCUUCGGCCGUGAAGACUCUGAGACAGCUCAAAAGAUUCUGUCGCAGCCGCUCAUGGACACCCAGGAGGCCAAUGCAACUCACCGCCUCUACCUCGCCAUUGCCGACUAG